CCCAACCCCACCGGCUCCGGAAGCGCCUCGGCAGACGCCGGCACGUGACCGUGACGUCACGCGCGCGUCUGCGGUCUGGGCCGGGGGUUCGCGCGUUGGCCGUCGCUCGUGGUUGCCGUCUCUUAGAGUGUCGCUGUUUCUGUCGCGGCCUUGCGGCCCGUGAGGGCUACAGCAUGUACCACAGCAGCAGCCAGAAGCGGCACUGGACCUUCGCUAGCGAGGAGCAGCUGGCGCGCCUGCGGGCGGACGCCAACCGCAAAUUCAAGUGCAAAGCUGUGGCUAACGGGAAGGUUCUUCCAAAUGAUCCAGUGUUUCUUGAGCCUCAUGAGGAAAUGACACUUUGCAAAUACUAUGAAAAAAGAUUAUUGGAAUUCUGUUCAGUGUUUAAACCAGCUAUGCCACGGUCUGUUGUGGGUACAGCUUGUAUGUAUUUCAAACGUUUUUAUCUUAAUAACUCCGUAAUGGAAUAUCACCCUCGGAUAAUAAUGCUUACUUGUGCAUUUUUGGCCUGCAAAGUAGAUGAAUUCAAUGUGUCUAGUCCUCAGUUUGUUGGAAAUCUUCGAGAGAGUCCUCUUGGACAGGAGAAGGCACUGGAACAGAUUUUGGAAUAUGAACUACUACUUAUACAACAACUUAAUUUUCACCUUAUUGUCCACAAUCCAUAUAGACCAUUUGAAGGCUUCCUCAUUGAUAUAAAGACUCGAUACCCCAUGUUGGAGAAUCCGGAGAUUUUGCGGAAAACAGCUGAUGAUUUUCUUAGUAGAGUUGCGUUGACAGAUGCUUAUCUUUUGUACACACCUUCACAAAUUGCCCUGACUGCCAUUUUAUCAAGUGCCUCUAGGGCUGGAAUUACUAUGGAAAGCUAUUUAUCAGAGAGUCUAAUGCUGAAAGAAAACAGAACUUGCCUGUCACAGUUACUAGAUAUAAUGAAAAGCAUGAGAAACCUAGUAAAAAAGUAUGAGCCGCCCAGGUCUGAAGAAGUUGCUAUUCUGAAACAGAAGUUGGAGCGAUGUCAUUCUUCUGACCUUGCACUUAAUGUGGUUACGAAAAAGCGGAAAGGCUAUGAAGAUGAUGACUAUGUAUCAAAGAAACCCAAACAGGACGAGGAGGAAUGGACUGACGAUGACCUGGUAGAUUCUCUCUAACCAUUAUAAAUGACUGCAGCAAUACUUAUUAACCAGUGGAAGUAGGAAGCAUGUCUGACAUUUUACUUUUUUAAAAAACAGUACAAUGUGAAAACAUCAAAAUAUAUUAAACUUUUCUAGCUGUGUAUAUUUUCUUUGUGAUUGUUUUUUAUAAAAUAUAGCUUCAAAAGAGGCUGAAUGCCACCUAGUUUGUUCAAUUCAUAACCCACUAGGAUUAGUAGCAAACCAUGUCCUCCUGUGGUGGCCAAAGUCAAACUGUGGUACACUUCCUUAUAUUGUUCUAGACAAACUAUAAUAAACAAACCUUUCCAUUUAGAAGCAAUAUACCAGAAAAACAAAAAAAACUGAACAAUAGGGUAAACAUUUGAAGAGCUAAGGAAGCAGGUUUCCUCCUCCAGAAGCUCUUACAAAUGCUUCUCAGAUAUUUCUCCAGUAGACUAUGAUUUUAGUUAAUUAUACCUCAUUCUGCUAUUUUCACAAAUACAGAUUGGGGAAAAUGAUAAUGCCUGCUCCUGAUAGAUUAGUCACAGCAGUGCUUGACAUACCAGUAUUUAUUUGCUGUAUAUUAAUAGUAGGUGUUACAGUUAAGACCAAUUUGCAGAUAGAUAUGCAUAUAUUAGACCAGUGUUUUGUUCUGAUGUUUCUUUUUCUGGAACACGGGCUUGAAGAAAUUGUGAGGAACUCAACUACCUUGAACCUAAGUCUACCCAGCUUACAUAUUCCAUGACACAGUUCCCAGGAGGGCAAGGAGCAUUGUCAUUAUGUUUAUAAAUGGAGAUACUUACUCUAUAUGCAUGUUCAACUCUAAUAUUUUUAUGACUUGAGUUUUGUUUUCCUUUGAAAUAAAAUUAAUAAAGUAGGGCUUUAUAAAAGUAGAGUAAAAAUGAACACUUUAUGCCCAAGUAUAGUUAAACAACAUGCUAGACUAUAGACAGAACUGCAUGCUCGCAGCGUGUCUCUGUUUUUCUUUCAGAUCACUAAAAAGUUUGGCAUCAGAGCAAGGGGCACAUGUUUCUCAGAAAAUUUCCUACUCAGCCCUGUUUAAAAUAAGUUUGAAAGAUUUUAUUUCAUCACUGACUAUCUAGUUACUACAGGGCCUAAAAAGUCCGUAUAAUGCCAAGAUCAUAGAAAUCAUUCAUUAAAAGACAAAACGAAAAUUAGACAACUUACGGUGGAAGUAUUUCUGAAGCCAUGAAUAUUUUCUCCACAAGCUCUGAAAGUAUGCUCAAUAGGUGUGCUAAAUUAGUGUUCACAUCUUCAUUUUUUUCUAACUUUGAUGGACUUAACUAAGAGAAAUACAAAUUUAUUUUUUGUGAUGAUUGAAUUUCAAGUAAAUUGUGUUAAACGAGCAGUUAUUUUCAAAGCUGUUACUUGUUCCACAUAUAUGGAGUAAGUUUGCUAAAAUUCAUUCUCGUUUCUCAACUGAAUAUAUAACUACUCAGUUCUCUUUAUCUGAGAAGAAAAGGUGUUUUUAGUGAGGUUCAACUUAGUGGCUAAGGAAAAUAAUCAAAAUAUAUUAAGUAAAAGCACAACCCUUCUCAGAAUUUUUCAAGAACACCCCUCCUCCUCACCAUCCAACUUUUCUGGUCUGCUAGAUUCAUCUACAAAUCUGAAAAGCUAUGUCAGCUUUCAUAGGAAGGGUAAUUAUGGGAUUACCCUCAACUUAAAUCACUCAUUUUGUUGUGGCAGAAUUAACAUUUUACAGCUCCAAAUGUUGAAAAGUAUUUCUUUAUUUUACUGACACUAUAUCAAGCCUAAAAAUUUAUACUAACUUUCUUUGAAAUUGCUCUGUACCAUUCAUGAAGUAGAAUAGUCAUGUAAGAGCGAUUCUACUCAUAAUGGUAUGGGCUGCCUAUAAACUCACAGUGGAAACUUAAUCAUCUUUAAGAGAUUAUUUCAUUUUCUUUGAAUCCCCAUCUUCUAUAAAAUAACCCAGAAAUCCCUCUAAGAAGAAGAUGUUAUGUUAGUCAAGGUGAGCACCCUUGAAGCUUGACUUUGGCUGCUGACAUGGCACUAUCCACAUGGGAAAUUCCACAUCCAACUUCACACCAUGGGCAAACCAUAGCACAAGCCUCCAAGAACUCGUGUAAAAUUAACUUCAGUCAUAAGACUUAGGUUCUAUCCCAAGGAUACUUUAUUGUGUAUAUGAAACCAUCUAAAUUUUUUAAAAUACUUUUUCCAACAAGAUACUCAACAUGUACAACAAAAGUCCCUAGAAAAGUGUUGAAUUUAUAUACAUUUUCUUAAAGUAAGGUAUAAUUAAUUGAUCAUUAAUAUAAUAAGAGAAAUGCUCAAAGAGCUUUGUAUGUGCUCAAGGAGAGGUGGUUUAUAAAUAUAUUAGAGAAUAUGAUUGUACUGAUAAAUUUCAGAAAUGAUGUACUUUCCUAAAGAUGUAAUUUGUUAAACUUUUCAUUAAAAUAUGCUAUUUUCUGCAAAGAUUAAAACUAUAAAUUCUUA